UCGCCCGCGUAUGGUGUAGCUUCCCAUAGUUGAUAGAAUUUCUAAAAAUCGAUCGAUCUAGUAGUAAUUUUUGAAGCUAUUCAAUGCUUUAAUGUUUCCUCUUAAUAAUAUUAAGUAUGAAAUCAAAUAAUCGAAGAGAAUAAAGCUAUGAUCAAAUAUACAACUGAAUUUAUUUGUCGACAGUACUCUCUGCAAUGUGGUCUGGGAAGAAGGGUUCGGAGGGCACCAACUCCAGUCCGACCUCCGAGGAGGAGGUUAAGGUGGUGCUGGUUGGGGACACGCAGUGCGGGAAAACCUCUUUGGUCCAAAGAUUUGUGUCCGACACAUUCAUCGAGGCUUAUACACCGACAGGCUUCGAGAAAUAUGGAUAUACGUGUACAGUAGCUGACUACAGAGUCAACUAUUCCGUUUGGGACACAUCAGGAACCACUGCAUACGACACGGUUAGACCUCUGGCCUACCAAGAUGCCAGGAUCUUCAUGCUAUGCUUCAAUGUAGCCGAACCAGAAUCAUUGCACAAUGCCGCUGUAAAGUGGUACAAAGAGGUUCGUACUCAUGGCGGGUCAGCUCCGGUAGUACUCUGCGGCUGCAAGGCUGAUCUCAGACAUGAAAAAGAAACAGUCACAAUGCUUUCGAAGCUCAAAAUGCAUCCUGUCACCAGCGAAGAGGCAUUAACUGUUGCAAGACAACUUGGUGCGACAACCUACGUAGAGACCUCAGCUAGAGCAUCAAGCAAAGGUGUUAAAGAUGCCUUCGAAGUGGCAGCACUGGCGGCACUGGGAAAACUAAACAAACAGCAGAAGCAAGUGGGACGUAGCAAAAGUAAGCGAGACUUGAAAGCUGAGCUAAAGGGGAGAGCGAAGAGUUGCUGCGUCAUGUGAUCCGUGGCCGGCCACCCGUCGCGGUGGCCGCACGACUGCUAGGUGACCACCGCCCGACAUCCUUUAAUCACAUAAACUCGGGUAAAACGUACUUGCCUAUUUGGAAACGAAUCGGGCCUAAUAUUGCGCCCUGCGAAACCCCCAAAUUCUUUCCCCAAAACCAUACUAGCGUUAUUCACGUGUGCUUCGAAAGUAAAUGUUAAAUCUUAAAUUUACUAAGUUUCGAAAGAAAUUAAGUAAAUUAAAAUGAUUAACGGGACUUUUAAAUGAUAUUCAAAUUUAAUGUAUAGGAGUGCAUCUAAUCUUUAAGUAUUCUAAGAAUGUGAUCGAAAUUGAAAUGGAUAGUUCUGAAGAUCGAAUUGUGAUCUUCCUAAAAGAUAUCAGUGAAACCAAGGUGCGAUGAAUUAUAACCCCCGGGGUUUCAGCGUAAGCCUGUGAUAAUGUUAAUAUUAGAAAAACGAAAUUAAAAGAAGGUAAAAAGAUAUUAGUCAGAUGGAACAAUAAAGGCAAUUAGACGCUGAAAUCGAUUGAUAAUUAAAAAUAUAUUGUGGUAUUUACAACAUAAUUAUAGAUCGAAAAUUAUUAACAGAAAUACACUGUAGAAAAAUAAGUGUUUUCAUAUACAUUAAGAGUACUAUUAGCAUACUUGAUGUUUUUCUAUUAACUGUAGCAUUUUCAACAUAUUAUUAUAGGUAUUAUAUAUAUAUAAAUAUAAAAUUUGUUAUUUUGUGUAAGACCAACGUUUCAUUCUUUAACAUGGUGAAAGCUUGUGUAGAUAGAUAUUAAUUAAAUGGUCAAUAUGAUUGAUUUCAAAGCUACAAGCUGACUUUAUUUUGUGAUAUACAUACGUAAUGUAAAUUUAAAUAAAAAAUAUGCACAAUUAUGGACAAUACUACAAGUUACGGAGGUCCAUUUGCUAGAUAAUCCACGUCCGCUAUAUUUAAGUAUUAAUUAGUGUUUUAUAUAAUUAAUUAUUGAUAUUAGUGUUGCUUAUAUCACUGUGUUUCUGAUUUAGGUUAUUGUCCAAUGUUUCGAACGCUUCUAGUAAAUCUUUCUUUUUAAAUAAGGACAGUAAUUGGUCACUAUCCAUUGCAUUGAUUAUUUAAAUCUUCGUAUAUAAAAUCAAUAGUUUCUAAAUAUAGUAUAUUGAAUAAUAUUAUUGUUUUUGGGGAACAAAAACAUUAACACAUUUUCUAAUUUUCAAAAAAAGAUAAAGUUGAUUAACUUAUAUAAAACUAUUCUAUGAGAGUACCACAUAUAUUUACUUGAAUACUUUUAAAUAAUUUAUUGAUUGCAUUAUAUAGAUUAUGGUUGAUUAUUAAUUAAUAAAUUAUAACUAUUAAAACUCUAUGAGAUUUAUUAUGAACAUUAAAUUCACAACUGACAUUAACAUUGUCUUGUGAAUAGUUAUAUUCAAAAUAAAAUAAAUAGUUAGAAUUAUUUUGGAGUUUUUAUGUAUCGUAAUAAGUCGAUAUAAAGCUUUAAAUUCAAUGUUAGCUUUAAUUACAGUGUAAAAGUUAUAUUUACUAUUUAAAAACAUGUAGUUAUUAAUUAUUUCAUUUUUAAUUAUAAUUCUCAAGAACAUAAUAUGUUUUUAAUCAUAUACAUGUUACACAUAUCACAUCAUAAGUUUAUUGUUAUUUGAAAUAUUUCAAUUUCAUACAAAACGUGUGGAAGAACAUUUGAACUUUAAGACGAAACCACUGCUUAGGUUAAAAUAUUUGUUAUAAGUACCUACAUUUGUUUUAAGAGACCUAAUGUAAAGAUAAUAAUUUAAAUCUACAAUUGAAAAAUAUUAGAACACAUAAAUGUUGUUUCUAGAAUAUUUAAUAUAGCAUUCAGUGUUUUUGACAAUGGUUUUUCAUUUAAUCACCCAGAAGCCACACCUGGAUUUUUGGAUAAAGUA